AAGAUUUUCAGACGAGAUGAGGAUUCAUUUCGCCAUUCUUGCUGUAUUUAUGGCUGUCUUUUUGGCAUUUAACCUAUCCAAUGCCGAGAAUUCCGCACAGAUUCCACAGAAACCAGCCCUGCAUCAGCUCCUCUACACAAUUCAAGAAUGGAGAUCGACCAUGAAAGAUUCUGGUGCCACCGAGCUCAAACUCUCAUCGGCUAUUGUGUUAGCCGGAAUCCUGUGCUUCAUCUCGGCCUCAAUCUCGAGCGCAGGUGGCAUCGGCGGUGGAGGCUUGUACAUUCCCAUAAUGACUAUAGUUGCAGGACUAGACCUGAAAACCGCAUCUAGUUUCUCUGCUUUCAUGGUUACUGGAGGAUCGGUUGCAAACGUUAUGUACAAUCUCUUUGGUAAAGCUUUGCUUGAUUUUGACUUAGCUUUGCUGCUAGAGCCGUGUAUGCUUCUUGGAGUGAGUAUCGGUGUCAUAUGCAACAGAAUAUUCCCUGAGUGGAUUAUUACCGUUCUAUUCGCUGUUUUCCUUGCAUGGUCUACUUCAAAGACCUGCAAAAAUGGAGUCAGGUGCUGGAAACGAGAAUCAGAAAAGGCGAGUAAAAGACCAAACGAGAGAGCAGAGAAAGGUUUACCUCAGAAGGAUGAGGGCUGCAGUGAAAUCGAGGAGACCAAGAGCCUAAAAGAACCUCUCCUCAGGACACAAGAAACCGGAAGGAAACCAAAGCUUCCAUGGAUGAAACUCGGUGUAUUGGUCCUUGUCUGGACAUCUUUCUUUGUCAUUUAUCUUCUCCGGGGGAAUAAAGAUGGAAAGGGAAUCAUAUCAAUAAAGCCUUGCGGUGUAGAGUACUGGAUUCUACUGUCGCUACAGAUACCUCUUGCCUUGGUUUUUACGAAGUUGGCUCUCUCGAGAGGCGAAGUUCUUCAAGAACAUUCCCCGAGCAAUCACAAAAAGCAGGAAGAUCUAAGCGUGGAUCGGUCUACGAAGCUAAUGUUCCCUGUAAUGUCAUUUCUAGCCGGCUUGUUAGGAGGUGUCUUCGGGAUAGGAGGUGGAAUGCUUAUAAGCCCUCUUCUUCUUCAGGUUGGAAUAGCACCAGAGGUGACAGCUGCAACAACUUCUUUCAUGGUGUUCUUCUCAGCCACGAUGUCUGCAGUGCAGUAUUUGCUACUAGGAAUGCAGAACACAAAAGCAGCUUACAUGUUUUCCGUCAUCUGUUUCAUUGCCUCACUUGUCGUCUUGGUUGUGGUGCAAAAAGCCAUUGCUCGGUUCGGAAGAGCAUCCAUUAUAGUCUUCUCCGUCGGUACUGUAAUGGCUCUGAGCACGGUUCUGAUGACAAGCUUUGGGGCUCUUGAUGUUUGGACAGAUUAUGCAGCAGGCAAGGACAUGGGUUUCAAACUACCAUGUUAAAGCAUGAAUCCUCAGAUCUUUUCAG